AUGGAGCAGGAUUAUAAAUACCUCGGUUGGAAGGAUUUCGGUGUUGAGUAUUUGGAGAAUAAUUGUGACAAAGUCAGAAAAGUACGCUUCGCUUCAUGGUUCGGUUAUACAAUUAACGCAAAUAGCGGGCGAUAUGGUUCUAUGAGCAACAUGUUUCAAAUAUAUAAGCUGGCUUGCGAGAAAGCUUUACGUCGUUCCGCCAAAUCUAGUAGCAUUCUACGAGAUGCUUAUGAAGGAUUUUCCAAGGUUCCUGAU